AUGGCAGCGGCGGGGACGGAGCUGCCCGGCGGCAACGCCAGCGCCAACCAGAGCGCCGCCGAGCCCACGGUGUCGCGGGACGUGUGGAUGGUGGGCAUGGGCAUCCUGAUGUCGCUGAUCGUGCUGGCCAUCGUCUUCGGCAACGUGCUGGUGAUCACGGCCAUCGCCCGCUUCCAGCGCCUGCAGACCGUCACCAACUACUUCAUCACCUCGCUGGCCUGUGCCGACCUGGUCAUGGGGCUGGCCGUGGUGCCCUUCGGCGCCUGCCACAUCAUCAUGGAGAUGUGGAAGUUUGGGAACUUCUGGUGCGAGUUCUGGACCUCUCUGGACGUGCUGUGCGUCACGGCCAGCAUCGAGACCCUGUGUGUCAUCGCCGUGGACCGGUACUUCGCCAUCACCUCCCCGUUCAAGUACCAGAGCCAGCUGACCAAGGGCAAGGCACGUGUGGUCAUCCUGGUGGUGUGGGUGGUGUCGGGCCUGACCUCCUUCCUGCCCAUCCAGAUGCACUGGUACCGGGCAGACCACGAGGACGCCAUCCGCUGCUACCAGGACGAGAUGUGCUGCGACUUCUUCACCAACCAAGCCUACGCCAUCGCCUCCUCCAUCAUCUCCUUCUACGUGCCCCUCGUGGUCAUGGUCUUCGUGUACGCCAGGGUCUUCCAGGUGGCCAAGAAGCAGCUGCAGAAGAUCGACAGGAGCGAGGGGAGGUUCCACACCCAGAACAAGGAGCAGGAGCAGAAAGGAGGAGCCGGGCACCGCCGCUCCUCCAAGUUCUUCUUGAAGGAGCACAAGGCCCUCAAAACCUUGGGCAUCAUCAUGGGCACCUUCACGCUGUGCUGGCUGCCCUUCUUCAUCGUCAACAUCGUGCACGUCAUCCAGGACAACGUCAUUCCCAAGUACCUGUACAUCCUCUUGAACUGGCUGGGCUACGUCAACUCCGCCUUCAACCCCCUGAUCUACUGCCGGAGCCCCGACUUCAGGUACGCGUUCCAGGAGCUGCUGUGCCUGCGCAGGUCCGCCCUCAAGAUGUACGCCAACGGCUACUCCAACAGCAACGGCCGCAGUGACUACAACGAGGAGGACAACGGCUACCCCCUGGCCCCGGAUAAAACCUGCGAGCUGCUCUGCGAGGAGGGCUCCUUCCCUCGCCCCGAGCACUUUUUGCAUGGCAAAGAGAUCCCUGGAUGCCCAGGAAUGGUGGAGAGCUGAACCAACCUCUGUUCCUCACCGCCCUGAGCUGUGAGGGCUCUGCAGAGAUGGAGUGGGAGCACAGCUUCUCCUCCCUGAGCCAGGGGAUGCUGUGGGAAGUGACUGCCUUGGCAAGGUCCUCAUCCCAACCCAUCACCCACCACGCAGCACCUCCAGGAGAAGCUGGGCAAGGACCACCACGGGACCAGGAGAGGCUCUGAGAGCCUUGGAGGACACCAGGAAGCCACAGGAACUGAAGGAGGUGGUUUGGACAUUUAUCCAAACCAUGACAAACGUGCUGAGGGGUUUUUCCCCUUGGAAAAGCCUUUGCAGAAGGCAGCACCAGGCCCAGUGUGGGCUCCAGCUGGAUUGGAAGAGGCACAGCCAGGUCUCACAGCAGGUCAGGAGCCCAGCAGGUCAUGGCAGCCUGUCCUCUGCUGGGUGGGGAUCCAGGUGCGGCAGGAAUCUGUCCAAGACCAAGAGACAGGAGCAUGGAAGAUUCCUUCGAUUUAUUCUGUGCUUGUUUCUCCUUCUGGUGUCUUCUCUGUCUACCUCUUCUCCUCUAAGAGCUUGGAGGGCCCUGACUGUUCCCAAGGAGCAGCAGGAUUGGCACAGGGCAGGAAUGGGGCCUUUCUUAUCUCCUUGCUCCAAAAAAUCUCCAGCUGUCCUGCCUUGGCAAGGCUGGGACCUGGCAAUCCUUCUCCUUGCAGGAAGUCCCAUUUCAGCAGGACCAGCCACCCUUGGGAGCCAGGAUUUCCCACCUGAGGCUCAGAACGUGACAGAACAUCCAUGGCACAAUAUCCAUGGCAGAGCAUCCAUGGCACAAUAUCCAUGGCACAGCAUCCAUGGAACAUCCAUGGCACAACAU